AUGACCUACCGUCUCACCGAGCCCGAGCCCUCGACGGCUUCCUACGUCCGCACCGGCCGUGGCGGCGCAGGAAACGUCUUCCGUCCCGCAUCCUCCUCGACCUCCUCCGACAAGCCAGCCACCAUGGCCUCCUCGGCGGCGACGUCAAGCUCGAACCGCCGCUCCUUCUUCAGCGGCAUCGGGGGCGCUGGCAACGUCCACCCCCCGACCGCCCGCCCCUCCGUCUCCGCCUCGCUCGACGACGCCGUUCGUCACGCCCAAGCCCGCGACAACGCUCCCCUGGGCUACUGCGGCCGCGGCGGAGCGGGAAACGUCUUUUACAACGACAAGAGGCCCUUUGCCGUCGACGCCAGGCGCAAGGGUAGCGAUGCCUCCUUCUCCUCCUCCUCCUCCACCGCGAGCGACGUGUCUUCGAGAGUUCGCGACUCCGUGACCUCGACCACCAAGCUCUGGGUCCGACGCAUCUCCGGCAAGGAGUGA